AUGACACAAAAAGAUAAAAGAUCAAAUAGAAGAAGAGUUUCUUGUGGAUUCCACCAUAAAAGACAUCAAGCAUGUCCAGAUAAUUGUGAAGGUAGAAUUUCUCAUCCACCUGAUGUACAUCCACCAGUUCAAGAUAAAUUUACAGUAGGUUGCACUGAAUGUAAAAGUUUUUUCCAAGAAAAGUUGUUUAGUCAAACUACUUUAUCUGGUAAACCUUUAAGUCAAAUUAUUGCAACAAAUAAUAAUAAUAAUACAAAUAGUAAUAAUACAAAUAAUACAAAUAAUAAUAAUAAUAAUAAUAAUAAUAAUAAUAAUAAUAAUAAUAAUAAUAAUACAAAUAAUAAUGACGAUAAUAAUAAUUUACCAACUCAAGUAAAUAAAAAAAAGAGAACUACAACUCAACCAAUAAAUAUUAAAAAAAUUGAAAAAUCAAUUCCAUUUGAAGUAAAUUUCAUAUCUUCAUCAACACCAUCAUCAAGUAAUACAUCACCAUCAAUGUCUCCACCAACUUAUCAACAAAGUGAUAAUAGCUCUGCCAUUGUUCCAUCUUUUACUUUAAGUUCAAAUAUUGUACAAACCUUUUCAUCUGCUAAUCCUUUAUCCUCAUCUGGUGAAACUAAAAAAAGAAAAUUCUCUUAUGACGGCAACAGCAGUGGCAGUGAUACAGAAGAAUUUACCUCAAGAUCGUCAUCUUUCUCUAGAUCUUCAUCUCCUUUAUCUCUUUCAUGUGUUCCAAGUCCUUCAAAUUCUUCACCAAUUGCUUCUCCUCAAUUAACCGUUCCAUCAACUCCAUUACUUACCAGUGUUAAUGGUAGUCGUAAUAAUAAUAAUAGUAAUAAUAAUAGUAAUAAUAAUAAUAAUAAUCAAAUUCAAAACAAUAAUAAUAAUAAUAAUAAUAAUAAUAAUGUUAAUAAUAAUAUUAUUAAUAAUAAAGAUAAUAAUAUUUUGGUUGCAGAAUCAUUAUUAUUUUUAUUAGAACAAGAAGUUGAAAAAGAAAUAAUAACACAAAAAGAAAAUGACCUUUCUGCCAGAAAAUUAAAACAAAUCCAAGAACAGGAAUAUGUUGAAAGAAUACAACAAGUUUUGGAAUAUAAAAAGGGUCAACAAGAUAUAGAAUAUCAAAAAUUACAACAAAAACAAAUGGAAUUAGAAAAAUGGAAAUCACAAUUAAUAAAUUUUGAAAAGGAAUUAACUUUUAAACAACAAUAUAUAAAUAGUAUAAAUUAUAAUUUACAACAACAACAACACCAACAGCAAAUUAAAGCUCAAAUUCAACCACAACAACAAUUACAACAACAACAACAAAAUAAGUCAAUUAAUUCAAUGUCAUUUUUUAAUUUAUUAAACUCUUUGGCUGAAGAAAGUCCAAUUGCCACUUUGUCAUCAUAA